GCUGAGGGGGAACGGUUUGGCGGAGACACAGGGCCGCGAGGAAGCAGCUGCGAUGCUCCCGUCUUUGCAGGAAUCGCUGGAUGGGGAUGAUAAGGAACUGGAGAGCAGCGAGGAGGGUUGCUCUGCGGAGGAGCGGAGACUCGAGCCGCCACCCGGCAGACACUAUUGCCUGUACAACUACCGCGGAAGCAGAUUGACACAGCAUCGAGGGGAGAGUGAUGAUGGCAGAUCAAGUGGUACAGAUGCAGAAACUCCCUCUGGUGAUGAUUUCAGCCUCUCCUUGGUGGAUACUAAUCUACCAUCUGAAGUGGAGCCAGAGCUGCGCAGUUUCAUUGCUAAGCGUCUUUCCAAAGGAGCGUUCUUUGAAGGGCUGGGUAAUGUUGCAUCUGUAGAGCUGAGAAUUCCAGGUUACCGAGUUGGUUGUUAUUACUGCCUUUUCCAGCAGGAAAAACUGCUUCCUGAAACAGGAGCAGUGGAAUCUGAACACAGCCCUUCUGAGUAUGUGGUCUGCUUCUUAGGAGGCUCUGAAAAAGGACUGGAGCUUUUCAGGCUUGAAUUGGACAAGUAUAUUCAAGGACUGAAAAAUAACAUGAAUUGCGAGGAAAGCCUGGGGAAUGAUGUAAAGUCCUAUCUGAACAGCUGGUAUGAGGAUGUGGUGUGUCCGAUCCAAAGGGUGGUUCUUUUCUUUCAGGAGAAACUGACAUUUCUGCUACAUGCCGCUUUAAGUUAUACUCCUGUUGAGCUUAAAGAGUCAGAUGAAAAAACAAAGAGAGACAUUAACAGGUUUCUGAGUGUGGCCAGUCUCCAAGGACUGAUUCAUGAAGGCACCAUGAACUCUUUGUGCAUGGCCAUGACAGAGGAGCAACAUAAGUCUGUUAUCAUUGACUGCAGUGGCCCCCAGCCUCAGUUCUACAAUGCAGGAAGCAACCGUUUUUGUGAGGACUGGAUGCAAGCUUUCUUACAUGGUGCUGAAGCGGGUAACCCUUUUCUUUUCAGACAAGUCCUGGAGAAUUUUAAACUAAAGGCCAUACAAGACACAAACAAUUUGAAGAGAUUUAUCCGACAGGCAGAGAUGAAUCACUAUGCUUUGUUUAAAUGUUACAUGUUCCUUAAGAACUGUGGCAGUGGAGAUAUUCUUUUGAAGAUUGUUAAAGUGGAACAUGAAGAAAUGCCUGAAGCCAAAAGUGUGGUGGCGGUCCUUGAAGAAUUCAUGAGAGAAGCAAUCAACUGAGGUUUUGAUCAUGACACUCAUUGAGGUUGCAUGUGUGGAGCUGUAGCUGUCAUCAUUUAUAGGAUUACACUGCUCCUAAGAUGACUGGAAACACCCAGGUUCUCUCUUCCUUUUGUAUGUUCUUUGUUGAACUUAAUUAAACACAAAAGUCUGAGGAUUAUCUUCACAGAGUCCUAGGCAGAUAAUGUCUAUUAUAAUUGUGGAAUUUUACUCAUUGCUAGUCUCAUAAAUUUUAACCUUCAAACAUUUGCUGCCUCAAAAGCUUUGGAGGUAAUGUUUGCCUUCUCGGGAGCUUACUGUAGUAUUUAGCAGGUUUUCCUCCUCCUCAAAAAAAAAAAAAAAAAAAAAAAAAAAAAAAAGUACCUCUUUUUCAAUACAGUAGAAUUUUUUGAAGUUUAUGUUCCUAGUGAGAUGUGAUGAGAUGUAAUAUCAUGUGCCUGUAAUCCCAGCUACUAAGAAGGUUGAGGCAGGAGGUUUCAAGUUCCAGGCCAGCCUGAGCUACAGAGUAAAUUUGUAUCCAGCUUGCACCAAAUAGCAAUCAUCAUCAUACUGGUUUUACUUGCAAGACCAUACUGCUUGUCCUGUAGGUGCCUGAUACACAUUGAUGAUUGGCAGGAACAAUGAUGCCACCUUUUUAAAGCCAAUAUGCAAAUAAAUCAAAAGUGUAUGAGAAUUUAAAAGUGAGCUGGGCUGUGGUGAUGUACACCUUUAUUCCCAGCACUCUGGAUGCAGAGGCAGGUGGAUCUCUAUGAGUUUGAGGCCAGCCUGGACUACAAAGCUACAGAGAGAGAGAAACCCUGUCUUGAAAAACCAAAACAUAAAAGAAAAAAAAAAAAAAGAAAAAACAAAAUACAUAAAUAAAUAGAAAGUUUAAAAAUGAGCUUUAUAUUGUAUAUAGAUACUUUUGGACUGGCGGCAAGGUGGCUCAGAAGGUAAAGAAGCCUGCCACCAAGUCUGACAACCUAUGCUUAGUUCCCAGCACCCACACAGUAGGAGAGAACCAACUCCCAUAAGUUGCCCUCUGACACCCCACCCACACACACACAUAUAAUAAAUACAAUAAGAAAUAGGGGGCUAUAGAGGUGGCUCAGUGGUUUAAGAGCACUAUUGCUUUUGGAGAAUAUUCAGGUUUGGUUCCCAGCACCUACAUGAAGGCUUAUAACAUCUGUAACUUCAAUUCCAGGGAAUUUGAUACCCUGUUCUGACCUCCUCAGGCAUCAGGCACAUAUGUAAUGUACAGACCUACAUUCAGGCAAAACGUACACACAUAUAAAAUAAUCUUAAAAAAUGUGUGCACUAGCUUUAAUAUGAAAUAUUCUCUCAGAUGAAAAGCUUUUGCAGAAGGGGGCAUAUCAUUCAUAGGUAUUUACUUGCCAGGAGCCUGUAUUUUCUUCCUUUUUUUAAAGAUGAAAAUGCUGGGAUUUUUUUUUUUUAAACAGUAUUAAGGAAAACAAGACAAAAUAGUAAACACAUUAAAUAUCCUCUACAAGCAAAUAUAAGAAUGCAAACUGGAGGCCAGUGUGGUAAUGGGUGCCUUUGAAUAUAUCAUUCCACAAGCCAGAAGUAGUUGGAGUCCUGUAAGUUCAGGGCCAGUCUGGUGUACUGACUUACAUAGCAAGUUCUAGGUCAACCAGGGCUAAAUAGUGAGACCCUGUCUUAAUAAAUAAAUAAAUAAUAUAAAAAAUGAAAACAAAUUUUUCCUUUCACAAUUGCAUGUUGAUUUUAGUUUGGACCUGUGUCACAAGCCUUAGAUUAUUUUACCCUGAAUCAACUGUAAGUGCCCUUGGGUGGCCAUUUCUAACUGCCAUGGAUGCCAGCUGCAGCCACACACAUAGUGGUUCUGCAUAGCUCUUUAGUGAAUCCAUUUGCUGAUGAUUUUGGUAUGGAAAAUCAGAAGCCUUGUGCUCUCACUGCUGUCGGGAUGUUCAGAGGAGCAGAAGCCUGUAACCAAGGAACUCUUAACUGCUUGUAAACUCCUGCUAAGAGCUGAGUUCUAACUUUCAGAGUGACUGACAGUGGCCUUCUGCCUUCUCUUCAUAUGUCAGCCUAGGGACAUGACUCACCACACCCUUUCUUUUCCUUUAAUGAGAAAUACAAUUCAGGAUCUUCAUAAAUGCUUUCAUGUGGCUUUAAAGUUUAAUAACUUGAAUUAUAGGCAGUAUAGGAUAGAGUCUAAGUAGCAUUUUUAUAGCUGUCUGACGACUGGAUGGUCAGUCAGUGGUUCUGCCGCCCUUUUCUGCAAUCUUUUCCUAAUGCACUUGGUUGGCCACUUGGAAAUCAUUUUAUAAAAGUGAGCAACAUUAGGGCAUCAACAUCUUGAGACUAUAAGACAAAAAUCUUCAUUUUCAAGUUCACAAUCAAGAGUCUGUGGAAGUGACAUUUAAAAAAUAAAUGUAGGGGCUAGCUCAGUCAUUAUAAAGGCCUUGCCAUGCAAACAUGAGGACCUGAGUUUGAUCCUAAGAACACACAUACAAAAGUCAAGUGUCUGUGGUAGCAUGUGUUUGUAGUCCUAGUGCUGAUGAGGCAGGACAGACCUACUGGCCAGCCUAGCUGAUAAAUGCUUUGUUUUUUUUUAACCAUUCAGUAUCGAGCAAAAUCCAUGCACAAAUAUUAAAGCACCAAAUGAGGAACCAGAACCCAGCUGCAAACAGCUAAUAUCCACUGCUCAAAAGGGCUGCCUCUCCUUGGGUCAGUCACAUCAAUCCCCAAUGAAAGCCCUGCCUCUUGAAUCAAAAUGCUCCUCUCAAUUGACUAGCAGACCUGUGACAGAAUCCCCAUAAUAUCCAACUUACUUGGUUAGCUUCAGGUCAGUUAGAGACUUUAUUUGAAAACAAAUAAAAAUGAGCCAGAGAGAUACCUCAGUGGAUAAAGGCCCUUGCCACCAAGUCUGGCGGCCCAAGAGCUAUCUCCAGAAUCCAUGGAAAGGAGGAGAGAACCCACUCCUGCAAGCUGCUCUGUGACCCCUACACACGCAUCCCCCAGAAUCAAUUAACAUACUAAAACAAAAGGGCAGAUGGCUCCUGAGGGGUUGAGCUCUAGCCUCUGUAUGUCUGUGCACACAAACAUACACAUCAAAAAUAAUAAAAAUAAAAGCAAAUGUUUUACCCAAAAUUAUAAUAAUAAUAAUAAAAGCAAAUGCAUUAAAUCAUUUGGGGAUAUAGGCAAAGUAUAACUCUGUUUAUUUGCAGGUACUUCCCUUGCAAUGUAGGCCCACUACAUUACACAAUUGUAGAUAGUAGUCUUAUAUUUAAAAAGAAGUCUGUGAUAAAUUCUGUACUGCUACUGAAAACAAAGAGAAAGAUGUCAUGGAAUUGAUUAUCUUGUUGGUCCUGAGAAGAAACAGCUCAUGACCAGAAACCUGUACUGUAUUCAAAUUUUAAUAAGUGAAUGUAGUAAAUUUUAAAGGUUUAAAAAGUGAUGUUCAGACAUGGAAUAAAAUUGUACUUGUGUGCAACACACAGGAAAUAUAUGUUUGCCUUGUAUCAAAAAUGUAACUAUAUUUGUAAUAAUAAUUAAACACUACUUCUAAUAUUUUUACUUAA